AUUAUAUUACAUUUUCCGAACUUGAAACUGCAAUAUAAUGCUAAUUUUCUUUUUUAAUAAUAUUUCAUUUUCGACCAUUCCCACCCGGUUUAUCUUUUUUUCUAUUCCUAUUUUUUAUUUUAUUUUUUUUCAAAUAUACCGGUUCUUAUAUUAUAGACUGAAUUAUUUUUUAUUUUUAAUUGUUUUUUUACUUUUAUUUUUUAGUUCAAUACUGAAAAAUAAAAAUUUUUUUUUUAUUUUCGAUCUUUUUUUCAAAAACCCAAAAAAUUUUUCUUGUUAAAUAAAUUUUAUUUUUAUUAUACAUUUUGUUAA